UGUAUCGCCCACAAAAAUUUUAAAAUGAAUGGAAUUGAGUGUUGCGCUGGUUAUAAAUGGAAUGAAAUCACAAAAGAUUGCAGCACAAAGUGUGAUCCUGGUUACAUCGGUAUUAACUGUACCGGUCAAUGUAGUCCUGGUCGAUAUGGAGAGGCCUGUGCCUAUCAGUGUGUCGAGUGUGAAAAGACUGAGUGUAAUGUUUCAUUUGGGUGUCCAAUGACCACAACAGAAAAAUUUCAAGGCUUUCAAAACAGAAGCUUGGCUCUUAAUCCUGAAGAAAACCACGAAAAAGAAAAGAAUGCAGUGAAUAUUUUGCAGAUUGUAUCCCUUACCUUCUCGGUUGGAACGUUUGUAGUUCUGGUCAUGUUAUUGGCGUACAAACGUACCCACAGGAACGGGAUCAAAGUGACUGCCAAUCCUCGACCUGAAAAUUAUUCGAAGACAAGCUCAAACUACCAGACUCUUAAUGAUAUGGCCGUUUACAGCGGAAUGGCAAAGGUUCAGAUAAAUCUAAACACAUCGGAAAAAACGUUCACAGUUUUCCUGAAUACUGAUUCGAAAGGAACAACCAACAUAGAAGCAUUGCGUCGGUUGGAGAACAAAGAAUCCGAAAAUGCAUGCGCUUUGGAUGCCUCUCUGAAUGGAAAUGCUAAAAAUUAUGAAACUCUUCAAUAACUAACAUUUCUCUAGGAGGACAAAAUAUUCUAUGUAAAUUUUAA